AUGGUUGCCUCAUUCUCUCCUCAUCGUGAUGCGGGGGGCACAUUACACCUGUCCUCCAACGGAUUCCAUGCAACGCAUAAGAACUCCGCCCUAAGUCAACUACGACGCUCGCUGUCGAGAAGUCCAUCAAAGACCACCGAUUUCAGGCUCAUAUCUUCUUCCUCGUUCAACUCUCCAGCAAACAGACACUCGAAUUUCAUGUCACCUACGCUCUCACCCUCAAGACAGUCAUCACACGGCAAAAUACUCUUCGUACCCAACUCAAACUCUCCGUCUCCUGUCGCCAUUCCAUUCCCGCCCAGCGCAAAGAUCCAUCGCCCUCCCAUGCGCCGCAGCCGUUUCAUUCACUCAUCCAAAUCGUCUAGCAUCUCUUCAGGCCCAGUUAAACGGGUCCUUGGUGAAUCACGAGAUAAUGGUAACUCCGUGGUUUCUCCAGAAUCUACUUUUGAACCCAUGAACGAUAAGAUUUCCACCACCCCUCCUAGCCCAGUGCUAUUCAGAGGAGGCCAGGAAAGUCCACUCAAUCUCUCUCCCGGUGAGCAGACGGAGGAUACCUCUGGCACUGGACGAAUGGAGAAACGACGCAGCGGGAACCUGGAGUCAGCAGCACUCACAUCCAGUCCUUUGAAACGUGCUGAUGUGAACAUGACUCUGGACUCUCUGGGCGCCGAGAGCCCGUCGGCCAAGCGUAGGAGCUUGCACGGCGUGAGCUUUGGUGCCGAUUUUGAUGUCUUCGAGUCCAGUUACUCUGCCAUCAAUUCUCCUCUAAACAGUCCAAACGCGAAGGAGCCUCGCUUCCCAGCACCCAGUCACUAUUUCUCCACGAUACCAAAACGUUCGUCGUCCUUGAGAAAGUCCACCAUCCAACAACGUCAUCCAGAGCGAUCUCCCUUUGCACGCAAAACGAGCGCGGAAAAUGACGAAUCUCUUGUGCUACAAAACAGGCAGCGCAUGGCAAUCGACAGCUCGACGUUUCUGCCCCUCAACCCAGACUCCUCGCCAUCUCCUAACCCAUCUACACCAUUAUUCGCCUCCCAUACAACAUCUACGUUCCACCCUCCAAUGCAUCCCCUAUCACGCACCAUCACGCAAUCGUCCUCAAGUUCAAGCGUGGGAGACGACUCCCCAACCAACAGAGCUUUGAGUACAAACUUCUCAGAAUCCAGACCAAUCCUAAACUUUUCCAAGUCGCUCCCAAUUGGUGCUGUAGCACCUAGAGCUCCCAGUCUCUUACGACAGGAAUCUUCCAAUGCCUCUGCAUCACCUUUUUCCACUCCAGAGAACUACAAACUUGUGAAACCUUUGCCAGCGGCAUUUAUGUCAACUGGACUUAUUUCAAAGAAAAACAAGAAUGUCUCGGACUUCCGCAACAGCUCAACUAUGAGCCAUAAUAUGCCAGAGACUCCUUGCAAAAGAGCAUCCAACGUGCUUUUUGGGGCCAACCCUGUACCCCAAGCAAGCAGUGGAAAAUUUUUACCUUACCAUAAGACAUCCAAUUCCUUUGAAACCCCAUUCACUCACCGUGUUAAAGCACCAUCGUCAUCCCGCGUUGUGCCCACCUGCUCUCGACGGGGAAGCUUUGCUAGCAUUGAUGGGGAUAUUAACUCCAUUCCACGAUCACCAUCGGCUGCCUUUGAUAGCCAAUGUGCCACAGACUCAGACCUUCCCCCCACACCCACCAAGCGAGGAUUGUUCCCGCAACACGUUUCCCACUCGACUCCAUUCCAGUUUCAAACUACGAACCACUAUAACUCAGAUGUCUCGAGGGGUGAACCUGGUUUAUUUUCGAGCCCGCUCUACUGUAAAUCGCCGGAUUCCGGGCCUCCCAGAACACCUAGGGAUCACACACUGACGCCCGAUGCCAGCGGCCUCUCAAUAGCAGCCCCAGACGACCAUACUUUUAGUCUUGUAGAAGCACAUGCUUCAACCUUACCUGCUACCCCCACUGCUCCUCGUGAAUCCUUUCCCAAUCUAGGGAAACGAUCCAGUUUUCCACUGGGAAGCUAUAACUCCCCUGAUAUCGACCCCUGCCUCAACUCACGCUUCGAAAAAGUGGAGUUAAUUGGCACCGGAGAAUUCUCUCUUGUGUACUCUGUCACCGAACGUUCCUCUCCUUCAAGUCACCAUUUCCAGCCCCAUACGCCUCUUGCAUCCAGUUCGACACCUACAAACUCUGGAAGCAGUAAAACCUGGGCUGUGAAAAAAUCUAAACAGCCAUACGCAGGUUCCAAGGACCGCGAGCGACGAAACAAUGAAGUUGUCGCGCUCAAAGCUCUUCGUGACUCCGACCAUAUCAUCUGUUAUGCUGAUAGCUGGGAAGAGAAAGGCCACCUUUAUAUCCAGACCGAAUUCUGCGAAGAAGGUAGUCUCGAUGUAUUCCUGUCUCAAGUUGGCCUCAAGGCACGGUUGGAUGACUUUAGGAUAUGGAAGAUCCUCCUUGAGUUGGCACAUGGCUUGAAACACAUUCACGACACCGGGUUUAUUCACCUAGACUUGAAACCAGCGAACAUUCUCAUCACAUUCGAAGGUGUUCUUAAGAUUGCAGACUUCGGCCUUGCCGCUCGAUGGCCUGCAGCUGCUGGAAUUGAAGGUGAAGGAGACAGAGAGUACAUCGGACCUGAAGUCCUGAUGGGCCGAUAUGACAAACCUGCAGACAUCUUUGCUCUAGGACUAAUCAUGUUCGAGAUCGCCGGUAAUGUCGAGCUUCCGGAUAACGGUGUAUCCUGGCAGAAGCUCCGGAACGGCGACAUGAGCGAUGUUCCAAGUUUGACCUGGAGCUGCGAAAGCAGUAACAUUCUCCGCGAUGCAUCAGGCAACCCCUUGGUCGAGUCGUCUCUCGGAAACCUCUCCUCAUUUGACGAUUUCGACAAAGACUGUUCCUCACAGGAGCUGUCUUCGAACUAUUUCCAGCUCGCUCAGCGAAAAGAUGCGCCUAGUGCCCGCAGUGGAGAACUUGCGGAGCCACCGAGCUUCAUGGUCGACGCAAGCAACGAUCAAGCUCUCGACAAACUCGUCGGAUGGAUGAUAUCUCCCAAUCCUCCAGACCGCCCUGUUGCCGAUGACAUUCUCCAGUCUUUCGGUGUGCAAUGGGCCGAACAGAGACGUCGUGCUGGCGCAACAAUCUUCGAAGGAAACUGGGGACCGGCAGAUGAAAUACUGAACGAAGAUGCCGAAAUGAUGGACGUUUGA